UGUGUGUGUGUGUGUGUGUGUAUUUCUUAUUGAGAUUUAUAUUGGGACAAGAUUUUAAGUUAAUUAAGUAACAGUGUGAGAAAACAAAUGAGUGAUAUUCUCAAAUACUUACACACUGGCCAAAGUCAAACCCACAGCAAACAGGAAACGCUGAUAUGACUCCCUUCCCAUCCUAUAACCAUAAAAUCCAUUUGGCUUAAUUUUGCAGAGGUUUCCAGUAAGACGCCAAACAGUGAUUUACUCAAUAAUAAUAAUAAUAAUAAUAAUAAUAAUAAUAAUAAUAAUGCAGCCAAAUUUCUUCCUGAAUUGUUCAACAGAGAUGUUAGGGUAGGUUAGGUCUUAUAACCUGUGAGGCUGCGAGGGCGGACUGUGGGGAGCACAGUUAAAGAAAGUAAGUACUUUAUGUUGUUUACUCUCCUGGUACACUUUAAUUUAGAAUACAUGUAAUGAAAAAUAUAGCAUGAGAAAUGCCCAGAAAAUUGUCCACAUAUGCAUCACCAUUGAGAGACAACUCAAGUCAUGCAGGUGGUGUUCAGGACCAUGGACAGCGACAUAGAGGCCAUAGUUGUUGGUGUGUUUGUGUUUUUGGCCCUCAGGCUUCACUGCCAGUGGCUAGUGCAGUAUACAGUAUAGUGUAUUGUUCAGUUUGACAGAAGAACAAGUUGCUCUGUAGUGAUCUUUGGAAACUCUAAUAGAAACUCACAGGCCACCUGGUAGCAGGGUUUGCCUUGGCUAAAUAGAGAAAGUAAUUUUUCUGGUUGAUAAGGUUUUAUCUCUUACUAAUAUGACAUUACUGAUUUAGCUGUAAUUAAUCUUUAUCAUAUCACUAUCAGUUAUAAUUUAAGCUCAGCCGACUGCCUUUUAAAAUCCCCUGACUAAAAAUAUAAUAUGAUAUCCUUAUAAGAUGAUUUCAUAAGGACUCACAUGGUGACUGGUAGUGAAUAACGAGUUUGCAUGGGCUUAUAAUGGUUUGACUACAGGGCAAUUUUUGUUACAUGCAUUCUCAAAUGCAUAUCAGCCUGGAAUUCCUUGCUUCUUUCAUAUAAGAGGGUAUUUUCAGCACAAGCUACAUGAAAGUUUUAAUAUAUCCAGCUGAAUCUAUCAUUUUGGAGGGAGAUUAUUGCAGGAAUCGAUGUCAGCCGCGACCAAGUGCAACCUCAACUUUUUUUUUUUUUUUAUCCAUUCCCUCCGAGCACAUCGCCCAAUUGGUAUGCGCUCAGCGGGGACCGUCUUUGUUUUUCCAGCAGCGCCAGUCCCAGAAUAUGGCCAAUAAUGUUGCUGAGGGGCGGGGAGCAGCGCGGUCUGCAGACCCAGUGAGUCUGAGAGUCUGGCGGGGUGCCGAGGAGGAGAGGCAGCAGGCAGCGGUGGCGGAGAUGGGCUCACACCUCUGAAUCACAAAGCACCCUCCAUUCAAGCAUCUCGGAGACGUAUAGGACGAUAGUUUUUUUUUUUUUUUUUUUUUUGGCUUUUUUUUUUUUUUUUUUUGGAGAGGGUUUUUGCUUGUGCUGCUCAUUAAGACUGGUAGAGUGAAGCUACCAGAAGAAGGAGCGGGAAGGUUUAUAGUUGCAUUCCGACGCUCAGCAGUCCUGUAGUCUCACCUGCACGGCCGGUGAAGAGGUCCGCUGUGAUAAUAAUGCAUCCAGAUAAGUGCUUACCUGAAUUGGUGGCCGAGAAAAACAGCCUGGACCCCUCCUUCGUGCAUGCGGUGCGCCUGCUUGCAGAAGAGAUUGAAAAGUAUGAAGGGGAUGAAAUGAGAAAAGAUGGUGACAUGAAGAAAUACCUAGAUAUCAUCAGCAAUAAAAAUAUCAAGCUCUCUGAAAGAGUUCUCAUUCCAGUCCAACAGUAUCCAAAGUUUAAUUUUGUCGGGAAGCUGCUGGGACCGCGGGGAAAUUCCAUGAAACGAUUACAAGAGGAAACAGGAGUGAAGAUGUCCAUCCUCGGCAAAGGUUCCAUGAGGGAUAAAGGCAAGGAGGAAGAAUUAAGGAAAAGUGGAGAGGCCAAAUACGCCCAUCUGAGUAAUGAUCUUCACGUUUUAAUUGAAGUCUUUGCUCCACCUGGAGAGGCUUAUUCCCGCAUGAGUCACGCCCUGGAGGAGAUUAAAAAAUUCCUAGUCCCAGACUACAAUGAUGAGAUCAGACAGGAGCAACUGAGAGAGCUCUCCCUGUUGAACGGCUCUGAUGAGUCGAGCAGAGGGAGGAGUGCACAAGGGAGGAGCAUACGACCAGCAACCACAAUAUCCACAAGGGGCCACAGAGGCACAGGAAGGAGUGCAGCAGCACCUCGGGGGACAGCAGCGGUGGCGGCUACACACAGCAAACUUCCCACGACCGUUUUAACGAGGGAGGUACAAGCUCCGAGAGCCAGGGGGGCAGCAGGGAGUGCUGGAUACAGAGUCCCACUGUUAGCAGUCACACAUGAAUCAUAUGACGACUAUGGCUACGAUGAUGGAUACGGUGGAGAAUAUGAUGACGAGAGUUACGAAGCCUAUGAGGAUAACUACAGCAAUCUGUCAAAGAGCAUUUCAGAAUAUUACGAGUAUGGACAUGGAACCAAUGAUGAAUCCUACAACAGCUACGAGGAGGAGUGGGCAACUACCCGUCCCAGUCUCAAAGCCCCUGUUUUACGGCUGACAAGAGGGGGCUACAGGAAACAUCCCUAUGAUAGAUACUGAAGGUGCUCCAGAUAUGUGACCUCCAAUUUCAAACAGUUUCUUUUACUUUUAAUUUCCCUAUAAACAUUGUAACAUUUACUUUUUGUCUGCCUCCAUCAGAAAUUGAAAUAAAAAAAUAACCCCAUAUAGCAAAUAAAUCCACAAAAUCUAACAUUACUGCAGUAUUCUGAUUUUUUAUUUAUAAAGAAUAGAGUCAUUUUAUGAAAAAUACAGAGAAGAAAUCCAUGCACAGGAAGGUUGUUCUUAAAAUUGGCUGUUUAAAUGCCCUUCACUCCACCUGUACCCUCCCCCAAAACAUAGUUGUUUUAGAUUUUUGACAUUAAACAACAGGUUUUUUCUUAUAUGUUAUAUCUCAGAUUUUGAAAAAUUUGUUUUCAUUUAUUGCCUUUAAUGCAGUGAUUAUCAGGGUUUACUAUCCAACCACCAGGAUAAAACAACACAAUAUUUUUGCCUUUCAAAAUACUCACAAAGUCAGACUAGGCAACCAAUGAGUCAUAAUUUCUUGCCAUAACUUGACUGAGAGACAUAGGAGACAAGAUGGACCAGGACCAAUCAUAGGUGUGCUUUCACAACAUGCUUGAAGUACAUCGGUGAUGCCAUUGUCACCCAUGUGCAAAAAUCCAUCUUUGUCAGGUUUCACAAUAUAAGAAAACAGCAUAUAAUAACUCCUGCUUAGCUCACACCCAAAACAAAUUUACAGGCAGGAUGAGUCUUUAACCAGCCAAAGCUAAGGAGCAAAAUGUGACACUCACAUCAAAUUUAAAAUGAGCCUUUUUCCAUCUCCUUCACCUAUCUCCACGGUUCACUGAUUGGCCUGGCUCUGGCUCAGUCUGGUUUAAGUGGAUCUUUUCCAGACUAUUACCUUAUAGCACAAACUUAACCUUUUGAGAUUCAGACUGGCUUCUUCACGAUAAAUUAGCUUUUCCACAAACGUAAUCAUUAUUCGGCAUAGUAAAAAUCAAUCAAGGACAGGGGUUUUUUUUGUAUUUGUCUCCUGAAGCUGCAGAUCAGUGUUGGUCUGCAGAAGCGUCACUUCUAGUUUGAUUCCAACUGUGACUUGAUUUGCAAAAAUCAUUACUAUGGUAACAGACAGAGAACCACACACUUCUCUGAACACAGCUGACCUGAUAAAUUCCAUUAAAGGCACCAGAUGGAAACCAAACCUUUUCCUGAACUGACCUGACCUGACAAGACCUGAAUGAAUUGACUAAGUGUCCUGAAUAUUUCUUUUCAAAAUGUUUAAUGUUUAGAAAUCUAAAUCAGUACUCAAGUUUCCCCAUAACUGAUUGCUAUAUGAGACUCUGACAGCUUCAUGCUAAAACUAAGCUGAUACGACAGACUAAAGUUAGCUUAAGUUAUAUUGUGAUUUUAAAUGAUAGAAGGUGUGAGAUCGUAUUCGUGCAAAACACAUUUGUUUUGUUUGAGUUGAAAGCAGUCAGCAAUAUAUAGUGUGUAAUUUCUAAUGCGUGCUUUGUUCUGUGUGUAAUCUGUAUUUGUACAUAAAGCAUUUAAUAAAAACAACAUAAACUUCAA